CCGAAAUGUUCCUUAUUUCCUGUGCACUGCUUGGAAAUGAUUCGUGGGUGCGAGUGGCUCAUCUUUCCUUCGUCAGGUGAUUGAGAGGCCGGGGACCACAAUCCUGAUUUUAACAAUGACGAGAAGCGGAGCCGAUUAACCUGCUCGAUGUUGGGAAAACUGCUCCUUUGGGAGAAAGGGAUGUCAUGAAGUAACACACUGCAGUCAGCCCUGUUAACUUCAUGGGAACAGAGGUUAAGAGGAAACUUUUAAAAGAAAAAAGAGUUUUUCCAGACUGAGGCUGAGGACUUGGGAAGAAAACACAAAAUGUCUUCUGAAGGAAAAAAGCUUUUCAACAUCAUUAUUCUGGGAGUCUCAUUUAUGUUUAUAUUUACUGCUUUCCAAUCCUGUGGAAAUAUCGCGCAAACUGUUAUCACAAAUUUAAACAACACAGACUUUCAUGGCAGUGGCUACACGAGCAUGUCCAUUAUUUAUGGAGUAUUGUCUGCAUCAAAUCUUAUAUCACCUUCACUGGUUGCAAUAGUAGGACCUCAAUUCUCCAUGGUUAUUAGUGGCGUGUUUUACAGCCUAUACAUUGCAGUCUUUAUCCAACCAGCUACAUGGGCUUUCUACACUGCCUCUGUGCUUAUUGGCAUUGCAGCUGCUGUCCUCUGGACAGCCCAGGGAAAUUGCUUGACUGAAAAUUCUGAUGAAAACACCAUUGGAAGGAACAGUGGAAUUUUUUGGGCACUCCUACAAUUCAGCUUGAUUUUUGGAAAUCUGUAUAUCUACUUUGCUUGGCAAGGAAAAACUCACAUAUCAGAGAGCGAUCGCAGAACUGUCUUCAUUGCUCUGACUGUUAUCAGUCUUGUGGGCACAGUUCUGUUCUUUCUGAUUAGGAAACAAGAGGAUGCAAAAGCUCCAGGGGAUGAUGAUUCCACUAAUGACAUCCUGGGGGAGAGCUCGUCUGCACGAAACAAAAUGAUGAGAGCAGUGGCUGCCUUCAAGAAAUCUAUUACACUGAGCUUCACCAAAGAGAUGCUGCUUCUCAGUGUUACAACAGCCUACACAGGUUUGGUGUUAACGUUCUUUUCUGGAGUGUAUGGAACAUGCAUUGGUGCUGUGAACAGGUUUGGCAGUGAAGAGAAGAGCCUGAUUGGUCUCUCUGGUAUUUUUAUUGGUGUUGGAGAAAUCUUGGGGGGAGGAAUCUUUGGCUUGCUGAGCAAGAAGAGUCGCUCUGGCAGGAACCCAGUGGUGAUGCUGGGCAUCCUUGUCCACUUCAUAGCCUUUUAUUUAAUUUUUUUCAACAUGCCAAAUGAUGCCCCCAUCGCUCCUAUGGAAGGAACAGAUCAAGUUGCUUAUAUGAUUCCAAGCAAAGAGGUGGCCAUGCUCUGCAGCUUCCUGCUGGGGCUGGGGGACAGCUGCUUCAACACCCAGCUCCUCAGUAUUUUGGGAUUCCUGUAUUCAGAGGACAGUGCUCCUGCCUUUGCCAUCUUUAAAUUUGUUCAGUCCAUCUGUGCUGCAGUUGCCUAUUUCUACAGCAACUACUUCCUGCUGCAGUGGCAGCUCCUGAUCAUGGUGAUCGUGGGCUUCUUUGGAACAAUCACCUUCUUCACAGUGGAGUGGGGAGCAGCAGCAGCCCUGGCUGCCCGUGGCUCAGACUACAGCAGCAUCUGAUCCCUGUGCCAGGCCUGCUCUGCCAGGAGGAACAGCACAGGCACGAUUUUUGGGAAGUGUGAAAAGGUGAAAGAGGUCGAGUUGCUGCACAGGUUGAGAUGGAGGAAGCUGCUACUUCAGUCCAGCUGAAUGUGAGACAGGAGGGGAAAAAAAAGCCAAAUUUGAAAGGCUUUUUUUCCUUGCUUGGAUCAACUGAGCGUGGUAUAUGUGUUGUUAAAAGUCUGGUAUUGGAAAUGGAAGGAAAUGCAGGAAUCCAUGUAUUGAACAAUUCUCUUCUGAGAUGUCCCUUUCAGAAUGUAAUUGCCUAAUUUCACUCUACAGUGCACUACAGAAUUAGUUUGGGGGUUUGUCCCUUAAAUUAUUUUUCCUAUAUUCUGGUUCUGCAGACAUUGGAAUUCCUGUAUAGAAUGAGUGAUAUUUUUAUAAGGUAGAUUGAAUUGCAGAUCGUGUCUGCGCAGCUGAGAAAUCAAUUUGGCAUUGAAUUUUUCAACAAUUAGAUGUGAGGAAGUAUUUCUGUGGGAAAUGUUGCCUUACUCUGUAUCUCUCAGCUCCUUGUUUCCCAACCAUUUGUUUAUUAAUCUAUUUCAUGUGCCCAAGUUGUCAGAUCCAUGGGGUUUUUUGUUUGGUUGGGUUUUUUUUCUGUUUUGGGCUUUUUUGGGUUUGGUGUUUUUAAUUUUCUUGUAAGGAAGUCGAUCAGGUUAUAGUGUUACAUGAUAGAUUUUACCAGAAUUUGAGGAAAUGACCCUUGGCCAUCUGAAGGAUGGGAUGCCAAGGCCUGUAAAAUAUUGAUGAUGGAAAACAGCUUCUGGCUCAGCAUCUCAGAAUUGAACUGUUGGGAAUUGUGGUGGGAAAGGUGCUGAACCUUCCUCAGGGUAGUGCUACAUGAAGGACCAUAACCCAUGGAGGACCAUAAUCCAUGGCUUCCCUCCCAGAAUCCCAAAUAGUUCUUUUGAGUUCAAUGGCAUUUUCAUCAUAAAAUGAUGAAAAUCUGUGAUGGGAGCACAGAGAUAACUUUAGAAAGUACAAAUGGCCCGAGAAUGUGAACUGUCAGAAUCAUACUGCAGUGUUUAUUCUACUGCAUGACCUGAAACACUGGUCCUAAAUUGUUUUAUUCAGUCUGUUUUGGGGAAAAUGUACUGUAAUCUUCCUCCACCAAAUAGGAAAGGAAGGUUACUGGCAUAGUAGCUACAUUUUAAUCCAGAACUGUUAUAGAUGAUGUAACAGGCAGUGACUGACUGACUCACCUUGACUUUAUCUGCCUACACAAAACUCUGAAGUACUUGCAGUUAUGUUUGUCUGGUGGGCAGAGAACAGGCAUGGAACACUGAGAAGGUGUUUUUAGACACUCCAUGGAGCUAUUUUUAGAAAAGCACCGUUCACCAACCCUUUUUUAUGCACAGUCAGAAUAUGAAUGUUUUAUCUUUAAAGACAAGUUUAGAAAGACUCGGCUGGUUACGUGUCAGUAGCUCCCACGUGUUGUAACUGUGUAGGAGCUCCCAAGGUUAAUCCUGGGGAGGGAGGGUGGCAUCUCCUGUGACAUUUGCUGUCACUUUUGCUCUCCAGGAGCAGUGUCACAGCUCCCGUGGAGCACAGCCCUCGUUGUGCACAGCCAAAGAGCCCAGAGGGAUCUUCUUACAGGGAUAGAGAAAGGGAUUUUUAAAUUCACGGCAGGUUCUUGCUGUGUGAUCAGCAAGGUGUUGAUGGAGGGGUGAGAGGGCACCUGAACACCCAGCAAGCAGAGAAAUCUGUGAGGACAAGCAGGAGAGAGAGACUAUGGGUAUUCCCAGGAGAUUCAAUGAAUGAUGUAAAAGAGAAUGAGGCAGAACGUGUAUUUGAGUGAGGGGUCACCAGUGCCAUUCCAAUUUGUCAGGCAGCCUGAAAAAGCAUUCAGUGUUCAAUCAAUAUGUGAUUAAUGGCACCAGCAGCACUGCAAAGUCUCUCUCUCACCCACUCCUGUUACCCUGCAAUUUGAAGCAUACGGUUUUUAUAUACUGAGCAUUACAAAGGUGUGGAUUAAAGGAUGCUGCCAGUGAUUAAAAUUCUCUUGUUGCUACACAUUUGUAUUUUCUCCAGAGGACCAAGAGGGAUAAAGCUUUUUUUUUUUUUUCAGAUAGGGAAUUACUGAUUUUUUUUUUUACCUCUAAACCCUUUCUGGGCCCUAUUUUCCCCCAUCACAUUAAUGAGAGCAGAAAGACAUGAAAAUUCACAAGGAGCAGUUUUGUCUUUCAGUGUAUUUGGGUGAAAAAAUGAUUCUUGGGCCUUGUGAUGAUGAGUAACUUAUGAGUGCAUUUUAAACAAUGCCAUUUAAUUGUAAGUAGGUUAGGCUCUCAUGAGGUUGCUUUUUUAAUUGAUCCCUUUUAAUGAUGAACUUCUGUGAUGUUCAUUUGCCACAUAAGAAUUAUAUGAACUAUUCUAUUAGAAAUGAAAAGUGCUAUGUUUAUGUAGUUUCAAAAGGCACUUUGAAACAAACUUAGAGGGAUACUAAUGAAUAAGGACUUGUGGGUUUUCAGUACCUCUGUGAAUCUGGUGCUUUACUUUUUUUUUCUCUUUCUCUCUUCUGGUCUGCCUCAGUAUCAGAUAAUCUUAGAAGGCUGCUCAGAACUAUUUAUAGGGUCAUUAAAGGGAAGUAUUAUUGCUCUGUGACAAGUUCUACAAGAAAUCAUGACAAUCUCCAAGCUGCAUCAUGGAUAGCUAUUCUUUAUUACUAUUAACUGUGUAAGUAUUGCUUUUGACAUUUGAUCUGAAGAGAGAGGCCUCGGUUACUCUGGCUGCUGCUGACAGAUGAUUGCUUUUCACUUAGUGAAAUAUUUUUUUGAUUUGCCAAGAGGUGAAAAAUCCUCUCCAAUAUACACAGUUGUUAAUUUGGUUGAAAUUUUUGGUGUAGCAAGAUAAAGAGCAGUAACACUGACAUCCAUUUAUGAUUCCAUCUCUUAAUCUGUUAAUCAUCAUUUACCAACCACGAGGCUGCACCUCCUUCAUUUCACCUCAGUGGCCUUUGAACAGUUUCAUGUUAAUCUGAAUUGGGAGCUCACUGUUAAAUUAAGUGGGAUUGGAAAAAAAAAAGCUUUUGCUUUAUCUGUGGCUUUGUUUUGUAUUAGAGAUUUCAUCUUUAUAUGCAAAAUUAUACAUUAGCUUGCUUUGGUUUAUUAAAAAGUCCUCUUUCAUUUUUUCCCCCUCAUUCUUUUAAGGUGUUACUAAGGUUUAAUAUCUUGACAUAUCACAUCCUCAAGUUUUUCAAACAAAUGCUAAACAGGAAAUGAAAACUGAUUUUCUUGACAAUUGAGUGCCAAAUAAGCUGCUAAAAAAUGUCUUUAAUGAAUCUCAUAUAAACAUAUCUAUAUUUUGUCUUGCCAGUUGGUUUUCAUUUUGAUACAUGGAUGCAUGGAGAAUUUCUACAGCUGUAGACUUUGUUCAUAAUUAAUGAUGUGGUUUUACUUCUGUUGUGUUAAUUUCAUUAGGUACAAUCUAUGUUAGCGAGCUGAGAUAAGGAAAAGAACCAUUUAUAGUUUUUUUUAAAAUAAUUCAAAUCUAUAAUUUUCUGCAGGUACUGCUAAACUCUUAAGGGAUAUUAAAAAAAAAAAAAAAUCCCAAACAACCAGAACCCCCAAAAAUCCUUAACCAAGGUCCCUAUCUUAGCAGAAACCCUCCUGUGGUACCGCUAUGAAAAACAAGAAGUCUUGUGCUGGUAACUUCUUUGAAUGUUUGUGACCAUUUUAAAAUAUACUGGACAGAGAACUUCCUGGUGGGGUUUGCUGUGACUUUAUGGAAAGUAAUUUAAAUGUAGAAGGCCAUAAAUUCAGGACCAUGUGCCAGUUAAGCAGACUGACCUCUGGACUUCCUUGGAAUUCCACAAGCUUACUUCAGAUGAGGAAUGUGGUUCCCUGGACUCCAGCCUAAGUGCCAGUAAUUAAUGCACAGAGGGAUGUGUGAACAGAACCCUAAAUGCUGUGUGUUAGGGCAAACACUGUUGGCUGUCAGUAUAAAUAGGAAAUGCAAUGUUCAGCAUCAUGCCAGGAGCCACAGUACCCACCCUGGACCCAAAGUGUGCAUGUGUGUCAGUGAAGGCAUGACCUUACAACCACAACCAUUAAUUUUCCUGGUGAAAUGUGUGUUUGAAGGCUUUAUCCACACCUCUGUUUUCUUUGUAGCCCCACUAAUGUUAAUUGAAUGGCAGCAGCAGUUAAUACCACGUUUUCCAUUAUCUCUGUCUAACAUGCAGACAAAAAUAAUAAAAGAUGGGAUAAUUUAGAGAUGGAGCUGAACUGGGAAGUUUGCUCCUUUACAAGGACCUUGCCCUUCUGAUAUGACCGUGCUGGUCCAAAAGCAAGAUAGAGACUGUUGUGAUUUUCGUGGAUAAAUUCAGAAUGGUGCCUUGAUAAAUUUAGUUUCAGAGGUUGUGUUAGUACCACAGAGAAGCACCAAUAAGAGUGGGGAAAAGGUCCUUAAAAUGCAAUAAAGAGCAAAUCUGGAAGAGAGAAUUAGUCUCAGUGGGCACAUGAAGGGGGUGCUUUGUUCAGCUGAGUUUGUGCAUUGGAAAUCGAGAUUUCUGUUUAGUUCAUACUGCCUCUGUUAAGUUGGUUAUCUCUGCUGUUAGAAGUCUUCCUCCAAGCUCUCCUUUCUCUUUUGUUUACAUUUUGAUGCCGUGCAGGAGUCUAAAUGAUUGAAACCUUUUUUUACCUUAAUAAAAGGUGUCCUUGCGUUGGAAUUGGUGGUAAUUGAGAGCAGGCUCCCACAAUGAUUAUCCUUAAUGGAAACGCUGAUUUCAAGUGAGUGUACUGCCUCUUCUUCUCAUGGUCACAACCACGCAAAUAAAAGCGAAUUACAGACA